AGAGCACUGGCUGGAGGUUGCGCAUCUAUUCCACUUGGAGGCGCUAGAAUCCAUUGAAGGUGAGUUCACUAUCUUCACAGUGGUGUGUCAAAGCCAGGUCAUUUUUUCCCACAGGCUUUUGGUGCCUGGUCUGUAUCAGGAGACAGAAUCUUGACAACUAGGAUAUUUUUCUAUGGGAGCUCAAAUCUGUUUAGCAUAGUCUUCUUCACAUGCUCAGAAGUUCUCGUAGAGAAGAGUCUUGGUCCAGCAUUCACUCCCAACCCAUAACCAUUGCCCAUCAGGAAUUCAUAUAUAUGACAGAGGCAACAGCAUUGUGUCUGGCGUAAACGGGCAAGAUCUUCAGUCCCAGGCAAUGGGCAAGUAUGAUAUUUGAAGAGAAUGGAAGCCACUUAGACAGUGUGAUCUAGCACAACAGGUCUACAGCCAGGUAGAAGACAAUACCUCUGAAGAGUCUGAGCAUGACAUCACUCAAGAAGAAGAGUAGGAGGAAGCCUUCUUCCCAGGCCCUGGGGAAUAUUGUUGGCUGCAGAAUUUCUCACGGGUGGAAGCAAGGUAAUGAGCCUGUCACCCAUUGGAAGGCCAUCAUUCUAGGUCAACUGCCAACAAACCCUUCUCUUUAUUUGGUGAAGUAUGACGGAAUUGACAGUGUCUACGGACAGGAGCUCCACAGCGAUGAGAGGAUUUUAAAUCUUAAGGUCUUGCCUCCCAAAGUAGUUUUUCUUCAGGUGAGGGAUGUCCACCUCGCCAGCGCCCUGGUUUGCAGAGAGGUACAACACAAAUUUGAGGGGAAAGAUGGCUCUGAGGACAACUGGAGUGGGAUGGUGCUAGCCCAGGUGCCAUUCUUACAGGACUAUUUUUACAUUUCCUACAAGAAGGAUCCGGUCCUCUACGUCUAUCAGCUCCUGGAUGACUACAAGGAAGGUAACCUCCACAUCAUUCCAGAGACCCCUCUGGCUGAGGCGAGAUCAGGUGAUGACAAUGACUUCUUAAUAGGUUCCUGGGUGCAGUACACCAGAGAUGAUGGAUCCAAAAAGUUCGGAAAGGUUGUUUACAAAGUUCUAGCCAAUUCUACUGUGUACUUUAUCAAAUUUCUUGGUGACCUACAUAUCUAUGUCUAUAUUCUGGUGUCAAAUAUCACUUAAAUUAAAAAAAAUCACAAAGUACAGAAAUGUAAACUUAUAGGAUUGAAAAAAAUGUUUAUUUUCCUGUGUUGGGUACCUAUGGGUCUUUGACAACCUCAGUAUCUUUGUCAAUAAAAUUUGUUUUGUUCUAAAAAUUAA